UUAUACAGGACAUUGGGGAAAGUGCCAAACUUUAAGUGUCUCCUUUAGAAGUUUGCAAGAAUAAUAAUAGGCAAAAAUAUUUACAAAAUACAAACUCUGUCUUAAAAGCUUCUUGUCUCAUGAACAUUGUGUUACGUUCUGUAAUAACAGGUUGUGGAGUGCCUGUGAUUAAUGGACAGAAUGCCAUCUCUGGUUCUUGGCCCUGGCAGGUCUCUCUUCAGCUACCCACUGGUUUCCACUUCUGCGGAGGAUCCCUGAUCAACCAGAACUGGGUUCUCACUGCUGCCCACUGCCGUGUCGUGGUUGGCUAUCACCGUGUCAUUCUUGGAGAGCAUGAUCGUGGCUCCAAUGCUGAACCCAUCCAGACCAAACUAGUUUCUAAGGUCAUCACCCAUCCGCUCUACAGCAGCAAGCCUACCAACAAUGACACUGCGUUAUUGAAACUGGCAUCUCCAGUCACAUAUACUCCCCGUAUCUCUCCUGUAUGUUUGGCUCCAUCAGCCAUCAACAUCCUGCCUGGAACCCGCUGCUUCACCACUGGCUGGGGCCAAACUGCCACAACAUCAAGUCCUAUGAUCCUGCAGCAAACAGGCAUCCCCAUCACAAGUCCUGCUGUGUGCAGACAGAUCUGGGGUCAGAGCAAAAUCACUGAUGCCAUGAUUUGUGCUGGAGGAUCUGGAUCAUCAUCUUGCCAGGGUGAUUCUGGUGGUCCUCUGGUGUGUAAGAGAUCAGGGGUCUGGACUCUGGUGGGCGCUGUGUCCUAGGGAACCAGCACUUGUGACACCCGUUAUCCAGUAGUCUACGCCCGCAUCUCCCAGCUACGCUCCUGGAUCGACAGGACUAUCGCUUCAAAUUAGAGCAGAAGUUGGAGUAUUUACCCUCCUGAAGAGACAAAAACACAUUUUCAUCAUUAAUAUGUACUACAGAUGAUUGACUAUGAGUUUGUUUAUGAGUUUGGGUCUUUUCAUGGGCGUAAAUUUCAUUUAACAGUAGGGGGGGACAAUAAAUAUAAAAUUUCUCAUGAGCAAUUUUUGAAGGGGACACAAAUAAUACAGUCAAAUUGUACUUAUAAAGAUAUGUCCCCACAGUGAAAAACUUUGCUUCUAUCACUAUUAUUGUAGCAUGGAGACUGCGCCAUUAUGGUUAUUUUCAAAGUUUUUCUCAGGUUCAAUGACAAAGCAGAUUUUUCUUCAAAACUAUUUAUUGCAUUGUUUGUUAUGUUGUUUACAGUCAAGCCAUCAACAUACAAUAAAAUUUAAACAUGACUGUUAUUGUGAAAAAGAUAUAUAAAAUAAGUAAUGUUUUGUAACAAAAUCAAUUAUUAAAUAAUAUGGUAAUUCAAAUUGCUUUACAUAAAGAAAGUAAAAC